UUUACGGCGUGGUCGGGAAGUCGAACCUUCCGAGCAGUGCCCAGGAAGGGAGCCUUGCCGACGGGCUGAGCAGUGUUCAGGUGUUGCUGUGCUGAGGCACCCUGUAAGAAGCCUGCCACAUAACAAGGCGUAACAGGGAACACAAUGUCCUUUUGCUCGUGGUUUAAAGACGAGGAAUAUAGAGAUAAUUUCGAGCCAGGCAUCUAUGUAUGUCGUAGAUGUGGUCAUGAACUUUUCUCAAGUAAAAUGAAAUACAGGCAUGAGACCCCUUGGCCAGCUUUCGUUAAAACCAUUCACACUGAUUCCGUCCAAAAGCGAAAAGAAAGCAAACUGGCCUUGAAGGUGUCAUGUGGAAAGUGUGGCAAUGGACUGGGCCAUGAAUUCCUUAAGGAUGGACCAGAUGGAAAGAUGUCAAGGUUCUGAAUAUUCUCACACUCCCUCAAGUUUAUUCCUAAAACUGAGGGAGGCCAGAUCCUGAAUGGAUCAGCUGAAGGCAAAUGGAAAUUCCUGAGACAGGGACGGCACCUGCAAGUUGCCGUCCAGCUCCUCUCAGAAGAAGGAAGAAUGUAGACUGGUUUAAUUUCAGCUUCACCUAAGUGUUCCUGUUAGGAAUAUCUGUAUAUUAUUGUUGGAAUGAUUUGAAGAAAAUAGAUUGACUAACAAUUUUAAGAUUGAUGCAAUUUUGAACUGGCAGAUAACCUUCCAGAAUUGAUUGUUAAUUGUUACUUAAUGCUGAGGAAAGUGCCAAAAAGACACAUUUCGCAACUGUGACUCAUGGACUAGUGACAGGAAUGACCAUUUAUUGUGACCAGUAAUAUGAAGUUAAUGAGUGAAACAUGAAUACAUGAAUUCGUUAAUGGAUGCUUAUACUGGUCCAGCUAACAUGGCCAUAACUGACAUCUUUUAAGUCAUAUAUAUUUUCACAAACUCUUUCAUUAAACAGAAGUCAGGAAACAAUAUUGAUAGUUUUUCAAAGCCUUUUUUCACAUGUAUUUGAUAUAAAUUUUGGAUUUUUAAAAAAAAUAUACAUGUCAUUAGGCAAUAAGAAAUAGCAAAAGAACCUGGUUAAUGAUGAUAGUUUGUGUGUGACUUGCCAUGAAAAGUCAAAUGAAAUGUUAAAGUGGCAUAUAUUGUGGUAAAAGUAAAGAUACCAAUAUUGUAAUGGCAGAUAGCUAGCUCUUCAGAAAUGGAAUUUAUUAAGAUCUUGUCUGCUGUCAGUGUUAUGAAGCAGAAGAGGUAAACUUGACAGACAGUCCUUUUUAGCGGAAGAUAUUUCUGAAACAAGCAGGGUCUUUUUGAUUCCACACCAUGUUCCUUUCAAAUAUAUUGUUAGAUUUCACUCUAAAUUAUUAAUGAGAUAGAAUGAAAUUUUUGGUUUAAUUUUCAUAAAGUGUUUUAAAAAU